AUGAAUAAGAUGACUGCCAACGCCAACAUGCAGGCCAUUCAGGCUGCAUUAGCAAAUUAUGACACUUCUUUCUUGUCCGACGAUGAAGAAGAUUACUGUCCCUUGUGUAUUGAGCCGAUGGAUAUCACAGACAAAAAUUUUAAGCCUUGCCCCUGUGGAUAUCAAAUAUGUCAGUUUUGUUACAAUAACAUCAGGCAAAACCCGGAACUUAAUGGCCGUUGUCCGGCAUGUCGUCGUAAAUAUGACGAUGAAAGUGUAGAAUAUGUCGUUUUGUCCCCCGAGGAGUUGAAGAUGGAGCAAGCGAAGCAAGCGAGGAAAGAACGUGACAGAAAGCUGAGGGAUAAGGAGCGCAAGGAAAAUGAAUAUGCCAACAGAAAACAUCUGGCCGGCAUGCGGGUAAUCCAGAAAAAUCUUGUUUACGUGGUAGGACUGAACCCGCCUGUUCCCUACGAAGAGGUUGCUAGUCUGCUCAAGUCGGAGAAAUAUUUCGGUCAAUAUGGCAAAAUCAACAAGAUUGUCGUGAAUAAGAAAACUGCUCAUAGCGAUCACCACGGCGGGAGUCAUGCGCAUCAUCACCAUACAGGAUAUGGGAUAUACGUUACGUUUGCCAAGAAAGACGACGCUGCCAAGUGCAUAGCUGCUGUCGAUGGCACAUACAUGGACGGUCGCUUAGUGAAAGCUGCUUACGGUACAACAAAGUAUUGUUCUUCCUAUUUGAGAGGUCAAACCUGUCCCAAUCCAAACUGCAUGUUUCUGCAUGAGCCUGGCGAAGAAGCUGAUUCUUUCAACAGAAGAGAACUUAGCAGCAAGCAACAUGAUCAUGCCAUCCCAAGACAGUCUAGCAGCGCAAGUGGUCUUCCUUUCAAGCCCGCAGGUACCUCGACAACUCCUUUUGCGACUUCUGCUGCCUCUUCUCCAGUGCCUGCCAAGACUCAUUUGAACCAGACAGAGGAGGGUUCGUCAUCGUCCUCUACUUCGGCGGCUCACACCCCUGUGUUGACGCCAGCACCCGUACCUAGUGGAUCAAAUCCAUGGGGUAUAACUCAAUCUGCGACUCCAAUCCUAACCGCUGGCGUAGUGAAAACCACUAGUUCACCUGCAUUUCCAACCUUGGGCGAGGCCACACAAGCUCAAUCUGUUGGCGGCUCCUCGAGCCAUUCUCACAACAAUGGUGGCAAUCAAGGAAAGGCGAAGAAGAACUCAGAAAAGACUUAUAUCGAUCCUUACGACCCACUCUCAACUGCUGUUAGAUUUAUUGACGAAACCAUCAAGUCGCUGUCCAAUUACCAGACUCGCACAUAUAAACUGAGAGACAAUGUGUUAGAUGAUGAAACUUAUAACUCUUAUCCAUCUCUUUUCUCCUUUGAAAACAUUGAUGUUUCUGAAGAAUCUGACAAUGUGCUUGCUAAUAGACUUGUUGACAUGUUAGCAAUCAAACCAGUAGACCAUACCGCAUCCCUACUGCCAUACAUACAGACAACCCCUCAAAUGAACCCAAGAAUCUUGCAGCAGGUGCAACAACAACAACAACAACAACAACAACAACAACAGUUACAACAGCAACAGAUUCAACUGGCCAAGAAACAGCAACAACAAAGUAGACCAGAACACCCUACCCCUCCAGGAAUGACUCCUCAACUUCUUCAAGCACAACUACAACAGCAAAGAGCUGUAAACACACCUCCUCCACCGGGCAUAUUUGCGUCGAGUAACGGACCUAUUGCUGCCCCUCAAAUGACUACUAAUGGAAGCAACUCUUCGGAUUUACUAAAUCAACUGAUCAAUGGUAAAAAGGUCACUGCUAGCAUGUAG